AUAUUUCCAAGGUGGCAAGGCAUUUGGAUUUAAAAUAUGGAAAAAUAUCUGAAGCAUACUUUUGGUUCGCAUCGAUCCAUUUUUGUAUCAAGAUUAGAUUGUGUGGAAAAAUCUGUUCUCCUAGUACAUCCAUCAAGGAUAAUAGUUUUAUGAAAAGGAUACCACCAAAUGAAGGAUUUUAUGAAAUAGGUUUGGAAAGAAAUGGUGUGGGGCAUCAUUCAUUGGUUGAAAAGAAUUGUGAUAAGUUAUUUCAAUAUUGGGAUUUAUUUAGUGUCUCCGCAAAUGAUAAUCGUACCGUGAUUGAAUUACCAAAAUGGAUAAAAUUAUGA